AUGCUACAACAUCGAAUGUUAUCGAAAGAUGAGGAGGCCGCAACAGGCACCGAAGAUACUGAAGUCCGUCGCGAAGAUCAGGACAAGAUCAAUCGGUUCAGUAGACUGCAUCAACGGGAGACUGUGCUCGAGGAGAGGUUGAAAGCUAAGCAGAAAGAUAAAGAAGAUCUCGAAGAAGUCUCGACGGAGUUGGAACUUGCGGAUGAAGAUGAACUCGUUCCAUACAAGAUAGGAGAUUCAUUUAUCCAUCUCCCACUUGAACAAGCGCAGACCUUACUGUCUACAUCCACAGAUGAAAUUGACACUGAAGUCUCGCGUCUAGAGGAUGCGUUGGGUGAGAUACGUGAGGAGCUGAGUGGAUUGAAAGCUGCGCUAUAUGCGCGGUUUGGGAAGGCUAUCAAUUUGGAUGUUUAA